AUGACCAGCCAUAUCGACAGCACUCCUAUGGAGAUCGACGCGGACAGCAGCGGUCUUCCGUCCCCUGCUGGUACUGACAUCCGUCCCGAUUCGCCAGGUAAGAGCGACUCUGGCAAGAGCGAUAGCAGCACGCUUCCCUAUACCGACGACUUUGAGACCCUACCUUCAAGGGGCCCGUCCAGUCAUGCUCACAUUCUCGAUCUUGCCAAGCAUGCUGCGUCGAUGAAAGAGGACGCCACCCUCAAGCUCCAAGAUGCCGUUGUAACCGCCCUGUACAACAUCUCGCCAGCGACGCUCAAGUCGUUCGUCAAUCCCACUGUCAACACCUUCAAGGCUAUAUUCGGUAACAAGGACGUUCAGCUCGUCGUAUGGCGCAAGGGUCUUGAAGUCUUCAUCGGCACAUUCGAGCACCACACAUCCAUGAAGGCGUACCGCUUCGAACACGUCGCCGGCUUCCUAAUCGGCUACGAUGGAUCCUGGCAUCUAAAAGUUACUGCCAGCAACGCCUACUCCGCCCCCAAGUGGCCCGAUGUGUGGGGCGGCAAGUUCGAGUGCCAUGGUGGCGUCGCGAAGAUGACGGUUGAGACUGGAGAGAUGGGAAUGGCGAAGCGAGCCUCGGCUUUGGCGAGUGCGAUGAUCGGUGGCAGAUACUGGGAGUUGAAGACUGAUAUCAAGAUUACCUGA